AUGUGGACAGCACUGAGAGAGGAUGGCGUCGACGAAUCCCUAAUAGAAGCAAUGAGACACCUCUACCGAGACUAUAUUCACCGGGGUCCACCAGGAGAGGCUAUCAGGGGUCCACCGGGUCCCCCGGGACCACCGGGACCUCCUGGACCCCCCUUCUCCGGAGGGUCCAGCUAUCCCACCGAUGACUUCAGUGGAUCUGGAGACUACACGAGGGAGAAUACAAUGCGAGAAGCUGUAGGAAAUGGAGCGGUUAGACUGAGCAGAGAGACAGAGGUUGGUACAACUGGAUACUUGAUGGCCAGCUGUGAAGAAACAAUGGCUGGGAAUAGGACAAAGGACCCUCUGCCGGGGAAGGAAUUAAUUCAUCUUUUGUGGAAGGCUGUAUCGGUAAUUGAGUCCUUGCCGAUUAUCUCGGAGCGUGAGCUGCCCUCCCCAGUGCCUUCCGCUAUGAGCUAUGGCCCUCUUCGCCCUUCUCUCGUCAAGAUGGAUCCCGGGGAUCUUUACACUCUGAACAGAGGACCCCCUGCGGUCUGCUCUUGCAACAUGACAGAGCUGUUGAGGUCUCACGCCAUGCCAGACAUGAUCCCGGGACCUCCAGGCAUACCUGGUCUCGAUGGAAAGAAUGGCCCGCCUGGACCCGCGGGGUUGCCUGGGCCUCCUGGAGAGCGAGGUGCCCCAGGACCACGAGGAGAAAAGGGAGAGAGAGGGGAUCCUGGUGAGAGAGGAUCUGAAGGGAUACAGGGAAAGAAAGGUCAGGAAUACAUAUUUUUUAACAUUUAA